UCCAAAUAUUUCUAAUAUAUAUAUAUAUAUAUAAUUAUAAGCUUAAUUAAGAGCUAGAGUAUUAACAUCAUAGAAGCUUGUUCCAGCUACACCAUGUAUAAAAAUAUAAGCUCAUCCCUACCCCUUUAAAAUUCCUCUCAUCAAUUCAUCAACACAAUAUAUAUAUAUAUAUAUCAAGCCUUCGAAAUCAUCACAAUUAUAUAUAAUUAAGUGUAAAUUGGAGAAUGAAACCGUAUAUGGAGGAACACAGCAAUAUGGUUUCGUUGAUCCUCCAUGGAUGCAAGUUAGCCAAAGAACUGGAAUCGAAUCUGGGCGAUCAUCAGUCAAACGAGCUAGCGAAUCGCUGCGACGAGAUUGCGAAGAUUUUCGGCUGCGCUAAGGAGCGGCUGCGUCGAGUUACUACAAGUCAAGAUUACAACAUGUUAACGGCGCUACAAAAUAAUGCUAGUAUUGGCCAUGGUGGGAGCUUCCAAGAAUUGCUUAGGUCUUGUACUACUACUACUGAUCAUGAUAUUAUAAGAGGUUUUGCUCAUCAUGAAAAUAGAAUUAUCCCCAAUAAUAAUAUGGCUACAAAUAUUGAAAUUCUUGGCUCAUCAUCAUCGUCAUCCUCGUCACAAAGACCACGAAAAAGAAAGGAUGAUCCGGAAAUUCGAAUAGUGAAGAUGGCUGCACCUCAGAUUGGAAAUACUGAAAUCCCACCGGAAGAUAACUACACUUGGCGAAAAUAUGGACAAAAGGAGAUCAUGGGCUCAAAGUAUCCUAGGGGCUACUAUAGGUGCACUCACCAGAAGCUGUACAAUUGUUCAGCAAAGAAGCAAGUGCAGCGACUGGACGAUGAUCCUUUAAUGUUCGAGGUGAUGUACAGGGGUAACCACACGUGUCACAUGUCGGCCACAGCUCCGACGUCUGUCUUACCGCCGCAAGGAGGGUUUGUGUCAAUGUCACAAAGUAUGGUAAUAGAUCAUCCAUCGCAACCACUAACAGCAAUUACUACUGCCACUGCCACUGCUACUUGUUCAGUUCCUCUAGGGGGGUCAUGGCUUUCCAUGAAAUGUUCCGCCGCCACAGCAGGAGGAGGAAGAGGAGGAGGGAGUACCAGCGGCGGCGGCGGCGGCGGCGGUAGUACUAACAAAGAGAUGGUUCAUGUUCAUGAUUUUCAUCCGGUGUUAGAUCUGGCGGACGUGAUGUUUAAUUCUGGCAGCAGCAGUAGCAAUAGCAUGGAGUUUUUGUUCCCUACUUCGAUGGAGGAAGAUCGUAAAUAAGCUGCUAUACUACCUGACUAGCUAGCUAGCUAAUUAUAAUUUCAAAUGAGAAUUUUGAUUGUAGCUAACUGAUCAAUAAUCAAUCGGUUUGGUUGAUUUUUAUAA